AAAAGUCUUAGUUUUGCGCAGUUAAAAUUAUAAACAUGCUUGAAUGAAGACUUGCUUUUGGAUUCUUGGCUGGUCUCUUUCCAUCCUGGCUGUAACUGGAAAUGGAUUUAUCAUCUUCCUUGUUUGCGGAAAACGGAAGCUUCGCACCAAAACUAACGCGUUCAUCGUUUCACUCGCCGUGGCGGACUUCUGUCUUGGGAUGAGUGCUGUUCCUUCGCUGUUUGUGUGUGAGAUGGAAAAUGGCUGUAAAUUUUCAUCUAUUUCGCGUGCAAUUGUUUGGGGAGCGAGGAACCUGUUCGCAUAUGCGUCCGUGACCAACCUUUGCUGUUUAGUCCUGGAUCGCUACAUUGCUGUGGUAAAUCCUUUAAAAUACAUGACUUUUAUGAAGCGUCGCAGAGUCAUUCAGAUGGUUUCCUUAUCCUGGGCAGUUUCAUUCGCCUUUGUUGCUGUUGUAACAAUAUACAAGCUUCUUCCCGAAGAUCAUUUAAUUCUGUUCCACUUUUCGCUUUGUUUAGUUAUGAUAACUGAGUUUUUUCCAAGUGUUAUGUUAAUAUUUUGCUUCGUAUCCAUGUUAAAAGUCGUGUUUAAACAUAUUCUAGCCGCUCGUUCUUUAGCGAAACAGUUACGCUUCAACCAUCGAGUUUUCUUCAAAACUCAGGAAAAGUCUGCCAUUAUAAUGAUGGGGAUUGUGAUAAGUUUGUUUCUGUUGUGUUACGGGAUACAUUUUCGAUGUAGCGUUAUUUUCCUUGUUAAGGGUAAAACAUCAUGCAAUGAUACUGAAUAUAAAAUUCCUGUUUUAGUGUUAAACUCCGCCAUCAAUCCGAUGGCAUACUCUUUCUUCAAGAGAGACAUUAACAAAGAGCUUAAGAGACGGCUUUGCUGUGAUAUUUUUUAA